CAGAGGGCCCCGGCUUGCCGGAUUUCCAGGCUUUUGGGGGCUGCGGUCUUCCCACUCACCUCUUCCCUUUCGCCGUAUCCGGGGUUGAGCUUCCUGGGUCGGGAGGUGGCGGCUGAAACCCGAGGGAUCGGGGCAUCCCACCUCCCAAAAGAAAACAGCCGGAGCUGCUCCUCCCUCGGGGUUUAAAAGAGACGGCUGCAAAUCGCGGAGCAGAAGCGACGGCGGCGCUCGCCAACAAACAGCUGGAAACUCCGGAACUUGGAAGGAGAAGUCCGGAUCAUCAGAAGGGGAGAGAAAAAAACAAAAACAAAAAACCAGGUUCUCUCCGGUGGGAGAAGAGAAAGAGCCGAAAGGAGCAGCCACAGGACGGAGGCAAAGCUGGAAGCCGCUGUUGGCUUCCUUGAGAGCGAGUCCCGUUGCAUUCAGGGUUGGGAGUUGAUUUGAAAGUAGACUAUCCCGGAGAACUCCUUUUGCAAGACCCGACUGCUCAUCUCUUCAUCCUUGGUUCCUCCAGCGGCCAGCCAGGCCUCUACUGGAAAUGCCAGAACGGCAGGUCAACAGAACAGCCCCCUUUUUUCCUGCUGGAUGUCCUCUGCAACUGAUUUCAGAGGUAGCUUGCCUUUGGAUAUGGAAGCUCUACACCGCCGUCUUGACAGGGAGCCAUUGAUAACCUCCCAUCUUCCAUUCUUCUUGCGGGUGUGAAUUCUGGUUGGCGAUAUUCACAGAAGCGCCCGGUCACCAACGUCAUGCAAGAAAACUAUGAGAACGUGAUCUCACUGGCGGAGGAAAUUGCAAUCAGUUGGCCUCGGAUAACUGCCUUUGCUGAAUCCCACAGAAGAAGAGGACUUGGGCCUGUCAUGGAGUCUGAACGGAGCCAAGCCCCGCAGGCCCAGUUGCAGAGCCAAGCAGCUGGCCCAAGUGAAAGUGGACUCAAUGCCGACCUCCGUCGCCAGCUGGGCUUCAUCCUGCAGACGGCUGGCAGGAGCCAAGUGGAGAAGAUGCUGCGGGAACUGGUGAAAGAGCAGAGCCAGGAGGGGAAGCGGAAAGCAAGGAAGAAAGCGCCUAAGAAUCACAGAGAUGAAGCUGCUGGGGAGAAUGAAGAAGAGUUGCAGCCAGAACAAGACCAUGUGCAGAAGGAGGCACCACCUUCAAGGAGAUCUAUCAGCCCAGAUGAGGCUUGUACAAGCAGCAGUUGGUGCCUGCAGAGCCUAAAGGGCCAACAGCCUCCUCAAAACUCCGCGGUGCAUCAGCAGGAAGGGAAAAAUCCCAACAGUCAAAGGCACCUGGAAAAGUCUGGGGUGUGUGGGGAGUGUGGGCAGAAAAGCAUGAGUGGCAGUGGUCGAGGCCACAGUAUGCCCACACCAGAGAGACCACACCAAUGCACCGAGUGUGGACGUUGCUUCCGGCAACACUCCAUCCUGGCUAAACACCAGAAGAUCCACACGGGGGAGAAGCCCUACCUGUGUGUGGCUUGUGGCAAAAGAUUCAACCGCAGCUCCAACCUGGUGCAGCACCAGCGGGUGCACACAAGGGAACGUCCCUUUCCCUGCGCAGCCUGCGGCAAGGCCUUCACCCAGAAAUCGGAUCUGGAGCGUCAUCAGCGGGUGCACACAGGGGAGCGGCCUUACGUCUGCCAGGACUGUGGGAAAUGCUUCUCCAUCAGCUCCCACCUCGACCGGCACAGGCGCACCCACCAAGACAACCCUCAGGAGCAGCCUUCGGCCACCUCUCUGGUCCCCACUACCCACUACUGUCCCGACUGUGGGAAAUGUUUUGGGCAACGCUCUGCUCUCGCUAAGCACCGUAAGACCCAUUCAGGGGAGCGCCCGUACCCCUGCAGUGCCUGUGGGAAGCGGUUCAGCCGCAGCUCCAACCUGGCGCAGCACCAGCGCAUUCACACAGGGGAGCGCCCGUUCCCCUGUGCCGACUGUGGCAAGAGGUUCAUCCAGCGUUCCGACCUGGAGCGCCACCAGCGGGUGCACACCGGGGAACGCCCGUAUACCUGUGCCCAGUGUGGCCGGGGGUUUUCUGUGAGUUCCCAUCUCGACCGGCACCAGAGAGUCCACCAAGCCCUGGCGGUGGCUGCAGCUGCCCACUGCUGCCCCGAACAUGUGAAAACGUUCCUCCUCAGCAGUGGGGCCAAGCAGACCCUGAAAUACCAGCUGUACGGUGGCAAAGGGCGUCUCACUCGCGGCGGCCAUUGCUUGGACUGUGGGAAGAGCCUGAGCAAGCUUCCCGUUCAGCCUCCGGGUCUUGUAGAGAAGCCCUACAAGUGUGAGGGUUGUGGGAAAGCCUUUGCCCAGCGCUCGGCGCUGAUGAAGCACCAGCGCAUCCACACCGGGGAGAAGCCGUUCUCGUGCGGGGAGUGUGGCAAGGGCUUCAUCCAGAAGUCAGACCUGACCAUCCACCAGCGCAUGCACACCGGGGAGAAGCCGUACCGCUGCGACACCUGUGGCAAGUGCUUCAGUGUCAGUUCCAACUUGCUGACUCACCAGCGCACCCAUCUGGGGGAGAAGCCCUACGCCUGCGGGGAGUGUGGCAAGGCCUUCGUCCAGCGCUCGGAGCUGACCAUCCACCAGCGCACCCACACGGGGGAGAAGCCCUACAAGUGCAGCCUCUGCAGCAAAUGCUUCAGCCGCAGCUCUCACCUGAACCGUCACCGGCGCACCCACGGCGGCCAGAAGGACUCAGCUGGUCCAGUCCCUUCCCCAUUGCUUGCCCCCAACCCGCACAAGCCAGCCAUUCCUCUGCCCACCUCCGUCUUCCCCACCUCCUUUUCAUCUCCCAGCCCUCUCCCUCCCUUACCUGCCUUCCCUCCCUCGCCCUCCCCUCUUCCCCUCCCUGGUUUGGAGCUGCCUUGGACUCUCCCCUUCUCAUCCCAGGGUUUUCCCCAUCCAGCCUACGUGGCCCCUGCUCCAGACACAGCCCAGGUUUCUCUCAUCAAUUGAUUUUUCCCCCUUCCGGCUUCUUUUCUCUAUUCCUGCUCCAUGUCUUCCUUCUAGCUGCCCUCCCCAAUCCUUUCUGGUUUUGCUUCUUCCUUCUUCCCUGUUGACUGAGCUUCACUCUCUCUUCCCCUGCCCUGUUUUCGCUGGGCCACCCAGAAUGAAGCUGGAAAGGGAGAAGCAGGAGGAAAUGGGGAGCGUGCAUCAGUGAAGGAGGUUGCUCCAGGGCUGCCCAGCAAAGGGGCUCGACCCUUUUCCUUCUUCCUGCCUUCUGCAUCGUUGUGGGACAGCAUCAAACUCUCCGUCUUCCACCAGGACUAGAACCACGCCGGGUACCAGCUUGGCUGGAAGAGAAAGAGCAAGUUGGCAGCUGCAGUAUCCAUGACGCUGCCAACCUUGUCUACACAUCUGGCAAGACAAGAAGGAAUGAAUCACAGUAGGAUACGACGUCCUGUCCCUUUGCAGAAUUUAUGGCAAGGAAUCGCAUUUUUGAGGCUGCUUUAUAUGUCAGACUCCAUGCAAUUGGAAAACAUCUGAGGAAAAGCUGGAUUAUUUAUAAAAGGGAAAACAGAGGAAGAUGCUCUCGGAAGACAGAGAACACAACAUCUGGUUCAGCAAGACUGAGAAAAAUGGGACAAUUUGGGGCUGGCAGCUGCCUAGGCGAGAGACAGCGCCCUCUGGCGUAUGUUUAGCAGCCCAUCUCAUGUGCCUUGUCUUCCAACACUUCUGUGGUGGGAAAAGCUGCCAAGUUUUCUGGUUCAUAAUUGUCAUCCUAAUCAGAAGCCAGUAGUUUAAAUACUCUCUAUAUACAUAGAUGCACAUACAACACAUGCACAUACAGGUAGUCCUCGAAUUACAACCACAACUGAGACAAGAAUUUUGGUUGCUAAGCAAGGUGG